ACCUAUUUCAGUAAAAAAAGUUAUAUUUCAAUGACCAAUUCAAUGGGCCCGUACACAGAUAAUGAAUGAAGGCUUCCAUGCAGAGAUAAUUAAAACGAAAUUUAUUUCACCAACACCAGAACAAUUUCUUUCACCAACGAUAAUAAAUCAUAUUUUAUACAUGUAAUGUCAAGUAUAACAACUAGUUGAUACUCAUAUAUUUCCUCACUUGCCAAGCCUGUAAAGUUCAUUGCUAAUUUCAGCAAUAUGGUGUACAUUGUUUCAUGUCAAUAAUAUGCGGUACAAUAAAAUCUAUAACAAACGGAAAUCUUACAAAUAUAUGGUCUGUAGUAUAAAAACAUAUCAGUCUGAGUCACAUAUUGGUUGACAGUAAGGUAUACAUCCAGAGGUUUCCCAGUAUGGACCAACAUGAAAUAUGAAUUACGAUGACGAUGUGGAAGACUUCAGCAAAAAGUAUGUGGUGGAAAAAAGGCUGGUUACACAGUACCUGAAACAUCUUCGCGAACUAGAAAGAAGGAAAAAAAAAGAGGGAAGAUAGCAGAAAGCGCGCAAAUCUGGAAGAAAAGAGAAAGACCUUUGAAGAUUACAACUGGAAAGCUAUUUACAGGGAAGGAAAAAUAAAGAAACUGAAAGUUGUUGUAUUGGACAUGUAUAUAUCAAUGAGAAAUUUGAAGCAGUCGAAAGGGGCGUUAAAGCAAGAAAAAGUCGAUAUCGUAUCACUUGACAUAGCAAAGUCGCUAGUCCCUGAUAACCGUCAACUUUCUGAUGAUGACAGAGAUAGUAACGACCAGGAUUCUGGUGACGACGAUGUUGUCGUGCAGGAGAUUGGAAGUGAUGAGGAUGAUAUUGAUUCCGACGACGAUGAAGGACAAAUUUAUGAAGGUGAUGCGGGAGAAGAGGAGGAGGAGGAAGAAAACAUUUCCAACCUUUUGCAGACCACAAGAUCUGGUAGAGUUUGCCGGACAUGGAAGGGACGAGCCAGUUAGCGCUAUAGACUAAUUUACAUAAAGAUUUCAAAUGAUGUACUAUUUAAUGCAUGUAUAGGAGUGUUU